AUCCACCUGCAGUUCCCCAUGGAGUUCGAGUUCAGCCAGUACUACCUGAAGUUCCUCAGCUACCACUACAUCUCCAACCGGUUCCGCACCUUCCUGCUGGACUCCGACUACGAGCGCAUCGAGCUGGGGCUCCUGUACGAGGAGAAGGGCGAGCGGAAGAGCCAGCAGGUCUACAAAUCCAUCUGGGAUUACAUCGACCGGCUGAACAAGAAAGCCCCCGUCUUCUUCAACUACAUGUACGCCCCUGAGGAUGGCGAGGUGCUGAGGCCGUACAGCAACAUCUCCAACCUGAAGGUCUGGGACUACUACACGGAGGAGACGCUGUCGGAGGGUCCCUCGUACGACUGGGAGCUGGUGCAGGGGCAGCUGGAGCCCGUGGAGGAGGCGGAUCGGCAGGACACCAGCGCUCCCCAGUCCAAGCGCAGGAUCAUCUGGCCGUGCUACGACAACCGCAGCCGCGUGGAGCCCGACGCCAUCUCCAAGCUGCUGGAGGAGCUGCACAACCUGGAGAUGGAGCUGGGCUCCCUGCUGAUGUCCUCGGGGCUGUCGCACCACCGGCGCUCGCUGGGGGUGUACCUGCAGGAGAGCGGGGUGGGCUCGUCCCUC